UGCACGUUCGAUUGAAUGUUGUUUACCGAACCGAUCGCUGAACGUUUGAGCUGGAUAACAUUCCCGCUAGAAGCCCUAAGUGUGAAACAUUUCACGGGCUUCUAAAUGGGAAAAAAGAAAAGAGUCACCUUUGCCGAUUUAUUGGGCUUUUCGCUGGUCAAUGUGGUAGAAAUCUCUCCGAGGAAUAGCCUGACAGACAUUUGCUUUUCACAAGACCAUAAAGCUCCGGCAAAGCCGAUCGCAGCUCACCGGCGAUACCUAACAUGCCUGUUUGAGCAACCAGUCGACAAAGACGAUUUUCUUGAAAGAGUCACACGACAGUACAUUUGUCUGGAAAGCGUAGUUUGUGAUAAAGCUAUCAUCGGCUUUGUGCGAGUGUUGAACAUCGCUUACAAAAAAGAGGUUGUGGUACGAUACACCGGGGAUGGUUGGGAAACGUUUCGCGAGGAGUCCGCCGAACAUCUUUCGAUUUCAAGUGAUGGGACAAUGGAUACGUUCUUUUUUCGCAUACCAUUGCUAUCUCUCUUGAAAGAAACGAGCAAUGUGGAGUUCGCCAUUCGUUACAACGUGAGGGGAAACGUUUACUGGGACAAUAACUUCUACAAAAACUAUUCGGUACGCCUUGUAAGUGAAGGCUAACUGUUUGGUUCCUGAGUCAGCUGGUUUGUGGGGAGGUAAUGAUCGCAGGUGAUAUUUUUUGCUCCCGAGGGUCAGUUGUCUUUACAACGAAAAUAAACGGAACGACGAGACCUGUUUCAGAGCUACUAUACAGCCUUUUGGAGGAGAAGCACAUAAGAAGACUUCACUCAGCCCUUCUUAAACAGUUUUCGAUAUCAAUAGCCAUCCAAGAUUAAGAAAGCGUAUAUUCCACAACACUUUAUUCCGCUGCAGUGGAUAUAUGAUGGCGGCGUUGAAUGAAAAUAACUAAAUAAAUAUUAAAAUCGAAAUAAUGAAUAUUCGAGCUUACAACAGCUAAUGACCGCUGCCAUCUCACAAGACAUUGUUUUAAAGUCUUAAUUUAACAAUCUUCUCGGUGAAUAGUGUAACAUCAGGAUGACAAAGGACGCAGCUACAAAGAUCGAAAUCUUUACGAAUAACCGAGUUUCUCUCCCUAAGAUCUAACACGAAAUCUUCCGUUCAUCUUUACAAAAAUUCAGAAAGACAAUCAAUGAAUAUGUCCACGACAACAAUGUAAAUAUUUUUUACCGAACAUCGCGUGACCUACUAACCUCGCGUGACUGCGUUGUGGGUGCUCCACGUUGCAAAUUGUAACGUAAA